AUGGGCCGGGAUGUAGAUAGCGAAACAUGUAAGUCAUUAUUCAUCACUUUAAGGAAAAAACGUCCAGCGAGUGCAUCUCCGUACGCGGAGAACUACCGAGCGCCGAUGGAUCUCUGCCAGCGGCAUUUGAUCAAUCAUCGACUGAUGGUUUCCAAGCUCAGCCGCCGAGAGUUGGAGGAUAAGUAUAUAAAUUUGUGUGACGAAAAUUUCUCCAUGAAAAAGCGCUACCAGGAACAGGAAGAGCAGAUCAAGAAACUGAAGACCAAGCUGCUGAGGCUGUCCAGUCAGGAGAGUAUCAGGUCCAAAACGGAUCAGAGGAGUAAUCAUAGUAAAUUGCAGGACCUGGAAGUGCAGCGCCAAGAGCUGCGUGAAAAGCUGGAAGCUUUGAGAAAAAGCCAAAAGAAGGAGUCACGUGAGAAGCGUGACGGCGAUAAAGUGCGAUCGCAAAGCGCCCAUCGACGCCCGAGUCACCGGAAGGAGGAAAUCACGACCAGAUCUUCAGCAUCGUCAAACAAUGGCGACGAAGUUGGCUACGAUGAGGAUCGUGAUGAAGCUUCGAGUGUGGCCACGGAAGACGACGGUGACGACGGUGAAGGAUCCUGUUCAUAUGGUAAAAGAAAUCCAAAAUCGGCGAAAGCGUGCCGCAGCUGUGACACUCUGAAGGCGGAAAAAAUGGCCAACGAGUCGGAGUUUGUGAAAAUGAAAAUGAACAUCAAGUUCUUGCAUAAGGAAAUUCAAAAUGAAAAGGAAAAAAAUACACUGCUCGGUCGUCAGCUGGAGGAGAAGCUGUCGUACGAAAUCAUGAAACGGAACGCCGUGGAGAACAUGGAGGUGAUUAAUCUGACACGCCAGGUGGACGAUAUGGCCAAGCAGAUCCAGCGGCAGCAGGACGAGCAACGGCGGAUCCUGGAGGCGGAACUGACGAAGCAAGCUGAACUGGAAGGGCACAUUCGGAAGGAGAAGGAUAAGAACUCGGAGCUGUUUGAGGAAUGCGAACGGCUGAAGAAGAAUAUCGAAAAGAUCAAGGAGAACAUGUCCGAGGUGGAGAUCGAACGUGAUUUCCUGAAACGCCAGCAGGAGAAUUUCACGAAAAUCGUCGACGAGAACAAACUGCUGCGCUUUCAGCUGGAAGAACUGCGCAGUCACAACGAGGACCUGGGCAGGCAAAUCGAAACACUGAAGGAAGAGGAAGCGGUGACGAAAAAUGCCCAGAAGAUGCUACUGGAGAAGCUCAAGACCCUGCAGCAAGACAACGACACCCUGUCGGUGUUGUUGGAGGGUUUGCGAACGGAGAACGAAACCCUGGUCGAGGAAAAAUCGGCAUUGGAGGAUAAUCUGAAGAGUUUGGAAGGUACGGUCGUCACAGAUGAAAAUCAACAACCAGAAGACCUCCCAUUAACACCUUGUACGCCGCCUUCACCGAAGCAGAUUCACCUGUCGGAUGAUUCGGAUUCGAGAAACCCCCGUCGGACUUCCCCGAAACAGGUCAGGAUAAGCCAGAUACUGCCGAGGAUCGCUUUGCUACAGCAAAAUAGCCUGACGGACAGUAACAAACCGAAGCAAAGCAAUACCGCCUUGCUGCUGUCGAACUCGUAUGCGCAGAAUCUGGCGAAGGAGUUCAGGACUGCCAACUACUUCGGGCAGUUCCAAACAUUGAAGACUCGGGAAGCGUCCUAUACAUCUGCUUCGUCCAGUUCGGCCGACAAGAAAAGGAUUUCGUUUCAAGAGGACAGAAACAGUGCCACGGAGGAUUUGUCAAGUCUCGCGAGCAAGGGAGCGUCAGAGCAGGGCAAUGAUAGCGUUAGCUAUAAAAUGCGUCAAAGUUAUGCCGCAUAUUUUGGGAUUACACCAGAGGUUCAACAGUCAACUCAAGAGUACUCGAAGUCCUCGCCGUCAUCGUCACCAUCCCAAUCCGAGGACCACAUAGCGAUCGUCAUCAGGAAGGUACGCUGGCGGACAGCAACGCUAGCCAUGCUGCUCGAGCGGAAGGUUCAGCACUUUUAUGUGGAGUUCAGCUUCCUAGGCGAGCGGGGCCAUCGGAUGGAAACGCCGCAGUCGGCCGAUCUGCUAGCCACCGGGAGCGACGUUGCCAGACAGAUGGACGGCAGGCCACCGCUGGAGUACACCUUCGACCAUCGGGUGGUGUUUGAGCUCGGCGAUCGGAGGCAUGAAAGGCGCCGGCAAGUGCUGCAGGAUAUGAUGCUGCCCGGUGGACGGGAUAUGGUGCGGUUUUUGGUCGUUAACGAACAGGUGGAGGUGCGGAAUUGUAGUGAACUGGGAUUUGCUGCGUUUCGAUUGCGACAGGAGAUUCAGGGUGUUGAUUUGGGGGACAGCAAGAUGAUUGAGGCUCCGAUUUACGAUGUUAAGGACCCGGUGGACGAGAUGGGAGUGCUGUACGUACUGCUGGAGGGCAUCGAUUUGCUGAAGUCGAAGUUCUGCAGCUGA